GGCGACUUAGACGGAUUGCGCGUCAUCUCGCCUUCCCAAAUUUUUCUCUUCUGCUGCAGCUCGUAUCCAAAACAUCUAUCUAUAGUACGGAGAGAGCGAAAGAUGUUUAACUCGGUGAAUCUGGGCAACUUCUGCUCCCAGACGCGCAAAGACCGGACAUCCGAGUUUGGGGACAGGACUGGCUGCGCGUCCAACAUCUACCUCCCCAGCUGCACCUACUACGUCCCCGAGUUUUCCGCCGUCUCGUCGUUUCUUCCGCAGGCCCCGUCCCGGCAGAUCAGCUACCCUUAUUCCACAAACCUCUCUCAAGUGCAGCCGGUACGGGAAGUCUCGUACGGUUUGGACCCUGCUAGCAAAUGGCACCACAGAAGCAAUUACGCAUCGUGCUACUCGGGAGAGGAUCUGGUGCAUAGGGACUGUCUUCCACCAUCCACCAUGACAGAAAUGCUGAUGAAGAACGAGAGCGUGUACAGCCACCACCAUCACCAUCACGCACAUCCCGGCUCCAACCACCCGUCCACAGGUUUUUACUCCGGCGUCGGCAAAAACAACGUCCUUCCUCAAGGCUUCGACCGCUUUUUCGAGACGGCGUACUGCAGCAGCACGGACAAUCAGUCAGACAGUUGUUUACAAAAGAGCGAGGCGGAAAAGCUGGAAAGCGACUCCGAGCAGCAGCACCAGCAGCAGCAGGCGCAGGAGCAGGCGCACGCAGCCUCCGCAGCCCCGGCGCAGGAAAAGGAGCCGGACGAAGAGGAGGAACACACAAAUUCAGGCUCGUGUACGUCUUCCUCCGCAACAACCAAGGACGGCAGCGCCAAGAGCAGCCACUCGAGCACUCCGCGCACAAGGAAGAAGAGGUGUCCAUACUCCAAGUUUCAAAUCCGCGAGCUGGAGAGGGAAUUCUUCUUUAACGUUUACAUCAACAAAGAGAAAAGGCUGCAGCUGUCCCGAAUGCUAAACCUCACCGACCGCCAGGUGAAAAUUUGGUUUCAGAAUAGAAGAAUGAAAGAGAAGAAGCUGAGCAGAGAUCGCCUGCAGUACUUCUCUGGAAACCCCCUGUUGUGAGCGUAAAGUGUCACAGUGUUGCUCAGUGACAUUAAGGCCUGCUCUUAUCUCAUUCAAUAAAGGAUCCCUUGUCACCAACAGUGCAAUGUUUAAGAGGACAGUGAGAGGAAAACGGGCCUGCAUGGGAGAAAAUCGCCAUUUUAUUAUUGCCUACAGGCGGCGGUGAAUUUCUGUCCGGCCCUCAGAAAAGGCCUGAUCAUUUAUACCUAUGAUCUUCGCUCUAUUUAUCACCUCAUUGUGUUUAUUGUCCAUAUAGACAUAUUUGUCCAAAUAUAAACUGUAAUAGUUCCAAUCCUUAUUGCGCAGACAACCCCUUCCCUCGCUCUGGUCUGUGUAAAUACCAUAUCAUUAUAUAUUUCCUGACCGGAGUGUUUGAUUCCAAAAUGUUUGCCAUCGACAACUGUGACGUCCAAUCUGUGAAAGUAGAUUCCCCCCC